AUAUUUGAGAGAACAGUUUUUAAGCAACUUACGCCACUAUGUACUGUAUUAACAUGAACUGAUGCGGUUAACUGGCUUUCAGAUGCCCAUAUCACUACUACCACCAGUAUAUCCAUCAAAAUCACGAGACUCCUUAAACCUAAGAACAAAAAUUCAUCAGCCUCCUGAAUCAGGAGGAAAGAUUAGUAGUGCUGCUAGUGAAGCUGCUUUACAUAGAUGCAGAUUAUAUGAAUUGCGCCAGUCGUUUCUGGGGAUCCCUACUUCAAAAGACCCUUGUCCUCAUUGUCAGACAGGAAUCUCUACGUGUACAUAUGUGAGCACAGAUAAUCACCCUUUUUAUACCAGCCCUGUGGGUAGUUCAGGAUGCACUGUUUUAAAUUCAGCAAGGUUUGACCGUGGUUCUUGCAUUUAUGUAAGUACCCCUGAUAUUGAUUGUCUUUCUUCUGCCACUGAAUCAGACAAACUUCGUGAAUCUGUAAAUACGUACCGUAAAACUACUCAAAAGCAGCCUUCACUAAGCUAUUAUCCUAAUGUUGAAUACGAUCAACUUGAUAAGGCUGAUCAACUUCCAAGUCCUAACUAUUCAUCCUUUAUUUAUUCAAAUCCUCUUACAUCAUGUGAAAAAUAUGCGUCUAUAGGAUCUUCUUUGUCUGAGAAAUUUACAGCAAAGCCCAAUUUAUUUGUCAGUAAGGCUGGGUUUUGUCCUUUAACUCCAGAAGCCGUUCAUUUAUCCUCAAACGAGUUCGCAGAAAGUUCUAGUCCCUCAAAUUCUGACUGUUCUCAUGAAUAUUUUGCAUCUGAUGAGAAUCUAAACUGUCCGAAGUCCAACAUUAAUAUUACUAGUUUGAAAGAUGUAACAUGGUUAUCUGAACAGUGUAAAAAGAGUGAGGAUAUCCAAAGUUUUUCGCAUCGAUUUAAUAACAAAAGUUCGGAACCAAGGCACCGGUUUAAUAAAUAUAAAGGCGGAUGUGAUCAACUGAACCCAAAUUUACAUUAUUCAACAACUAGUUGUUUACCUAUGUCAAACCCUUCAUCUAAAGACACAAGAAAGUCCGACCGAGUUAACAGUUAUAAUUUUAAGACCAUUCAAUCACAUGAUUUACAUAGAGAUAAUACAAGUGAUUGUUCUGUAUCUAUUGAUAGAAUAAAUAAAGACGAUUUUCCUUAUAAAAAUAAAUAUGCAUCUGUUUUGCCUGCUAAUCUCGAGCUUAGCACAACACAUUCACAUUGUGAUGACUCACAGCUUCGUUCAUCAAAUAAGUCUGUGAUUGGUCGCUGUUUUUCGGUCUCACCCAACCGUCGGUUGUCACACUCAUUAUCUGUUUCUCGGGACAAUCGAAGUAAUGCAAUGGUUGAUAUGAGUGAAAAAGUUUGCACAAUGGCUAAUUCAAACAGCUUCACAAACGGACCUAUUUAUAACAAAUGUCUUGAUGAUGAUAUACAAAAUCAUGUAAGAUCGUCAAACCAACGUUCAUCGUGUUCUUCAGUGCCCUAUAAUAAGACAGAUCAGAAAAGAAUAAGUUCUGAAUCACUUUCUUUGAGCGAUAGUCAAGAUAUAAUGUAUUUAUAUUCAUAUGAACAUAAUAAUAAUGGUAAAUAUAGGAAACAAAGAAGUGGACAAAGUAAUCAACCGAAAAACAAUGACAAUCAGAUGCGUGUCGAUUCUAUACUAGAAAAGCAAGACAUCUCGAAAAAAUGUACUAAACCAGUGUCAAGAAUUACUGUGGAAUGUGACGUCUUUCAUCGGAGUCUUGAACUUAAAAAUAUCCCCACAGAACAAUCUAGAUCGCAUAGAAACCAGAAUAAAACCUCUUUACAGAAUAGUGUUAUGGUUAAUGUUUCAAAUCAAAGCAGACAAUUAGCUUUGAUACAGGCACAUGCAUUAAAAUGUACUGACGAAGAUGGGAUUUCUUUUGAAACUAGUUUAUCAUCAUUGCCAUCCUCAGCGUUAUCAUCUUUUUGUCCAGGUAACACUUCUCUAGUUACUGCUCAUUCUCAUAACAUUGGUCGUUUGAAAGUGACUCUACCUGGUCUUGCAGUUGAUCAUUUGUCUAAUAGUCAUCACUCAUCCGACUGUUCAACGCGUGGUUCAAUAUCUUAUCAGUCUAAUAAUAAUCGUAAUCCAAAAUCACAAAACCUAAAUUUUAGAGGUACUGUCACAGCAGAUGCUUGUAAGCGACGUCAUGGGAGACUGAAUACUGAAUCCUCUAAAAGCUGUAAAAACAGAAUAGAGAUAUCUGAAAGCUCUUCUAGUCAAUCGCUUUCUCCAUCCUAUGUCAAUGUAUUACUUCCUGCUCAGUCAUUUGAUUUGUCAUCUGGAUUUCCUUCUUCAGAUAAUCUGUCUACUAAUAGGAAUUUAGAUACCAUUAAUAAGCGCUCACCACGGCCUUCAUCAGGCCAUUCAAGAACCUAUCAAAAAACCCAGGAUUUGGAGAGAAAAAGUAUGCGUCAAAGUAAUUCUCGACAUAAUUUCAAACCUGUAAAUAAGGAAUCUCAAAUCCAUAAUCUUGUUCCUUCAAAAGUUUGUCGUGUUGGUCAAUACAUAUCUGAGUCUUCUUCAAUAUUAUCUGUAAAUGAUCUGGAUGACAUAAAUGAUCCUGAGAAGUCUCCUGUAUAUGUAAGUGAGGAUACACGAGAAUAUGACUAUAUCAGAAAAGACCAUAGAAAAAUCUCAAAGUUGGCUGCAAAAAUAUCUCAUUAUCUGGAAAAGGGUAGAGAGGCAGAGGUUAAAAACUUUGUGAAUAAAAUACUACGUAAACCCGAAUCAAGGCGCGUUGUUGACGAAUUGAUACGUUUAUGUGGAAAUGAUCUUCACAAAGUUCUCAAUCUUAAUCAAAUGGAGACACUGGAAAAUUUGCAAAAAAAUUCAACUCCUUUGAUUCACCUUGGAGCUUCACUUUCUGACUUAAGGACGUCAUACACGCUUGAUUUCAAUCCGUACAGGAAUGUCAAUUCACAUAGGCGAGGUAGCUGUGGAAGCGUACUGUCUUCACCUUGGAAUAUUACCUCUUACGACCGUUCUUGGGCUCCUGCGUCACAUAAUCGGUCUACUCUUGGGUUUCCCAAUAAAUUAUUGCCGUUUCAGAGAAAGCAUACUUCUUCCUUAUACUCACCUAAUACUAUUCGUUACAUUGAGUGGCCUUCUAAUGGAUGUAUUCGAAGCAAACCACCUUCACUGCCACCGCCACCUCCUCCUGUACCUCCAGUUUUGUUUAAGACAACAAUUUUACCACCGGACGAUCGAAUUCAUGCUAUAGAUACGCAUGCAAUUGAAGUUACUAAUCGCGUUCAUAUGACAUUCUCUGAACUGAUUUCUGAUUUAACCACUGGUAUGGAUAACGAAGUUGAAGUUAUACGUUCUCUUUACCGAUGGACAACUGGUAAGGAUAUCAGAUGUGAAGAUUAUGAUCCAGAAGCCCCAUCUGAUUCAUUGAUUGGGAUGUUGAGACGGAUGAAAUACAAUCAGUUAUCGCGUAAUGAAAUAUUUUAUGAACUAUGCCGGUAUGCUGGAUUACAAUGUCAAUAUAUAACUGGUUAUUCUAAAGGUGCUGGAUAUCGUCCAGGCAUGCCAAUAAGAGAUAAUCAACUUUUUCGCAAUACCUGGCUUGCAGUGUACAUUUGUGGUGGUUGGCGUUUUGUAAAUUGUAAUUGGGGUGCUCGAUAUUUAUCAGAAAAUUUACCAGACAGUCGUUCAUCUGAAUGUGAUGAAUUUUAUUUCCUAACUGAUCCAGAACAACACGUUUUUGAGAAUUUACCUGAUUUAAAAGUAUGGCAGCUAUUACGCAAACCAUUGAGUAUGGAUCGAUUCUGUCAUUUACCACUACUUAAAUCACCGUUUUUCAAUGCUAAUCUAUUUUUGAAAAAGAAUUAUUCGGAUUGUUUAGUUACCAAAAAUGGACAGGUGAGUGUAAAAAUAAAAAUGUCGAAAUUUGUUGGCAUUUCCUGCAGCUUAGAAAACUGUGCCGAUCGUAGUAUUCUGUUAGGGUUAUGCUUAGUCGAAAUCCUGUUACGACCAUCAGGAACUGUACGCAUUGAAGCCGCUCCAUCACAACCAGGAAAAUAUUAUUUGAAUGUUUAUGUUUCACCUGAUUGGCGGCGUGAAGACAUCAGGGAGUUGGCAUGUUCAUUCCAGGUUAGCAGUUGACCAUUUUAAAUCUGUUUCUCAUUUUAACACUUGAAUCUUUCAGGCCAGUUGACUAAUAUAAGGUCUGUAGGACUUUAUAUUAUCAUAAUCCGUUUUAGGUUUUCGGAUUUGUAAAUAGUUCACAAAUAAGUAAUUUAUUCAUUGAAGCUCUUAUAAAUUGUCUAAAUGAUAUCAAAACAUUAUCAUUAAACAAAUUUCGGUAAUUAAUGAUUACAAAAUAUUGUUUUAAUUAGAAUUAGAAAAUCAUAAGUUUUUGUUGGAUUUUAAUAUCACUAAUAUCAAAUGAUCACUAUGGUGGAGCUUUGGCUUAGUGAUUCAAGUAUUUGACUUUCAGCCACUAAAUCUCAGGUUCAAGCCCAGCUCCAACCACAUUGGGUUGGGCAACCAAUUAAUAUAAUUAGCUCCCACACUUAGAGUGUGGCUCAUAUCAAAGUACAUGGAAAAUGAGUUAAUCUGAAGUCUAUUAUGGUAUUAAUUUGUGAUUUUAUUUAUUGCACAAUAGUUUCCUAGAAUCGUUCGUACACAAGGAAUUUAGAAAUAAACGUAAGUCUAUUUUUCUCUUAUAUUAGUGCCUGUGUUGUUGAUCUGAGUGCUAUUUUACCCAUUAACAAAACUUUUAUUUGUAUAUAAUUACCUGUUUAACUAAACGAGUUUGCAGUGACAUAAGAAUAUAGCAAACUGUUUCAGUCAUAACCGGUAUAUUUAUAUCUUUUAUGAUUAAUAAGUUGACAACUGUUUUCAGAUUUUUAUAAUUACAGUUUUUGUUUGCGUUACUCUUGUGUACAUAGUUUUUGAAAUUUUCGCAAAACCUUGGCUUGAGUUUUUUUGUUUAAAAUCUUAAUGAUCAUGGUAUCAUAUCACAUCUUUAUUUUUUAUGACCUUUUUGUUUUUCUUCCACAGAUUCAUUGCUCAGAAUAUAAUUAUUCUCGUCUAGUUGUGACUGGUCGAUUGCCUGAAGUUGGCUUUCUUGGUCGUACACCUGCUUCAGAACUCCAUGGCGUGCUAAUGGUACCAGAAGGUGAUGCGUCAGAUGGUCGACCAUACAUUGUACACAGUGAUCCAAGACCUCUGAAAAUUCCUUUUGCCAUUGCUCCUGGUUUAAAGCUAUGCCACCAAUUAAAAUCGUUUGAUCGACCAGGUCAUCAAAUGGCAGAUUGUGAUAGUUAUGCAUUGCUUCAAAUGAAACCAAACCAUCACAGUAGUAUUACGCAUUCAAAGCCGUUCAAAUCUCAGGCUAAUGCCUAUUAUAACGUUCGUCUACCUGUUCAAGCAUUUUACUACUUGACUAUUUAUGCUUUUAAUGAAAAUGAUAUUGUCAAAGAUCAUCUAGACUGUGUGUAUCGUAUUUUAAUUGAUGCACGUAACUGUCGUUCUUCUGAGUUAAUUCAGGCUUAUCCGCGUCAAACAUUUUGGUGGGUUCAGUGUCGAUUAAUUGAACCUAAACAUCAGCAUUUGUUCAUUAAUCGAAAUUAUAAAUUUUGUCUAGACGCUCCUCAAUGUGAUUCUGUAGCUGUUGUAAUCAAUGGAUCAGAAUGGCACUUCCUUACUCCAUCUUCACCAAUAUCACCAUCUAAACUUCAUUCACCAUCUGGCAAUAAUCAUAGUGGUCGUUGGAGUGGUAAAAUUUAUACUGGCAAAUGCUUGGGACAGCUAUCUGUGUUUGGACGUAUACCUCAUAUUAAUAAAUUUAAGGAGAUAAGUUUAGAAAAUGAAUGCAGAAUAAUUAAUGAUUCCAUGCAUGGGGGUUCUAAUGGUAAUGACCAUGCAAAUAAUACUAAUACUACUACCACUAAUAAUAAUAACAACGAUGAAGAUGAUGAAGAAAAUUCCUAUAUUAAACUUUUAGAUUAUAUUCUCGUUCAAAAAGAAUUGUUUAGCUAACAGUCUGUUUAAGUUUACUAAUAAUUAUCCUUACAGUUUAUAACAUCUAAUCAAACUGAACACUUCCAUUUUCUGUGGAUAUUACUUUUUUUAUUACCAAUUAUAUUCUUCAGAGUAGCUCAACUGUUAAUACUACGUGUUUCAAAGUACAAUAGUUAAUAAUAAUCAUGUUUAUUAUGUAUUAGUUGAAUAUAUUUUGUGAAUUCCUUACUUCCACUAUUUAUCAUCUGUGUAUUUAAAUGUCUAUAAAAAGAAAUAAUUGAAAUUAUGCUCUCACAAUUAUUCUUCCACUUAUGUGUGAUAAAAUUUAUUAGUUGUUUUUUUUUUUACUUAUUAACAUUUAUUUAUUUACUGUUAUUUUGUUAUCGACUAGCUAUUUUGCGUGUAUUUAGUAGUUUUACGUCAGUUUAAUUCCGAUUGAAAAGAGAUUCACAUUAAAGUAUAAUAUGUAGGGAGAGGGGGGGAGAAUAACAAAAAGUGUUGACUUUUGACUGUAUUUAUUACGCUUCACUAUUUCUUUUUGUUUGUGAGAAAAUUUAUCCCACUAACUGACUAAAAUAUGAUGGAGAUUUUUUUUUCCAUUCCUAGUUGAUUACUUUGGUUUCCCAGUCGAUUGAUUUCUCUCUUUGGUGGUUAGUAAAAAUACUGCAUUAAAUGAUAACAAUCACUUAUUUUCUUUUGAUUGACGCAUAAUCUGAACUUCAAUCGACUCUCAAUGACUAUGCACAGUUUAACAGUUAUCUAGAGGAAAUGUUUUUCUUCUGCUAAUAUUAUCAAUAAUAAUGCUGACAAAGAGAAUUUAGCGAAGAAAAUUUUGAUUUCGACGAAACCAUUUACUUAAGUUGUACACUCGUAUUUAUAGUCAUAUGGAAAAUAUUUCUAUAGAAGGAUAGAAAUGACUGCAUCAUAAAUUGAUUCCAGACUUAUUACCAGAUGAGGUUACGCAAGAAAAUUUUCUACGCUGAAUUCUAUUUUUGUUCAGUGACACAACGGGUUAUUUUAAUAAUGCUAUUAAUUUAAUAUUUUUAUUUGAUUCGAUUUUAUUUUCUUUUUUAUUGAAUAUAUGAUAAUAAUAAAAAGAGGGCUACGUAAUUCUUUACGCACACUCAAAAAGAAACAUUUAUUCUUUCGGAAAAGUUUUCUGACUCUCAGUUGAUUAUUAUUUCUAAUUUAUUCACUAAAUUCUAUGCAUAUUCAUUUUAACUGUGUGCAUAGCUAACAUGUAAUUAGUUUCUUUGUUAAUUGUUUUCCUCUUGCCUUAUUAUUGAUUAUGUAGUUUUAAAACAAUUAAUAAUGCGACGGGUAACUUUCAGUCUCCAACUCUUAUUAAAGUUUGUUGAUAUAAAGUGAAAGAAAAUACUGGAAUUUAUAUAUUUGGUCGUUUUUCCUUCUUUUCUCAUCACUUACGUUUGUGUAUUGUGUAUGAUACGAUACAUUUGUGCUUACUUAAUUAGUUUGACUGUUUUCAUAUUGUUUACUUAUGUUUGAAUAUAUAAUGUAUACGGAGGGCAAUAAUAUACUUUUGUUAAGCAGCUGUUGUCAUCUAAAGGCGCGCGAAUACUGUUGGUAUUUAUUUAUUUUUUAGUGUUUGCUAAUUUAAAAAAACACUGUCAUUUGGUAUUCAAUGGUUAAAUAUGACUAGUGGUGAACA